AAAAAGCUGAGACAAGUGCGGAACUUUUUAUUUUUAUAGCAUUUUGUAAAGUCACUCGAGACUAGUGUCGUGUAUGUGUAUACAUCAUUAGUAUUUAGUUUUAUGUGAUUAAACUGCGUACUGCUUCGGCUCCGUCGGCAACUCCUUUCAUUAUUCGCAGAUACAUUAAAAAAAUGGCUUUGUCAGCAGUUCGAAGGAUCCUCAUCACUGACAACGUGGACCCGAUCUGCAAGAAGACUUUACAAGAAAAUGGCAUUGAAGUUACCGAAAGGCAUCAGAUGAGCAACGAGGAGCUGUGUUCAGAAAUUAAGGCUUAUGAUGGAUUUAUUGUCCGUUCUGCUACAAAGGUUACUGCAGAUAUAAUCAAAGCAGCUGAAAACCUCAAAAUUAUUGGACGGGCAGGAACUGGAGUGGAUAACGUCGACGUUGAUGCAGCCACUAAAAGAGGCAUAAUUGUCAUGAACACCCCUAGUGGCAACACGAUCAGUGCAGCUGAACUCACCUGUGGAAUGGUGGUGUGUCUUUCCAGACAGAUUCCACAGGCUGUUAUGUCAAUGAAGGCGGGCAAGUGGGACAGAAAGAAGUUUAUGGGCGCAGAGCUGUAUGGCAAAACUCUUGGAAUUGUGGGCCUUGGGCGAAUUGGAAAAGAAGUUGCCAUUCGAAUGCAGUCAUUUGGGAUGAAGACGAUUGGGUACGACCCUAUAAUUCCUCCUGCAAUCACAGCCAGCUUUGGAGUGGAGCAGUUUUCCCUCGAGGAGCUCUGGCCACUUUGCGACUAUAUUACUGUUCAUACUCCCUUAAUGCCAUCAACUACCGGUUUGCUAAAUGACACAACCUUUGCUAAGUGCAAAAAGGGAGUGAAAGUGGUCAAUUGUGCCCGUGGUGGUAUAAUUGAUGAAGAUGCUCUGUUGAGAGCGUUGGAGUCGGGGCAGUGUGGAGGUGCAGGGCUGGAUGUUUUUGCAGAGGAGCCGCCAGUGAAUCGAUCACUCAUAGACCAUCCAAAUGUGAUCUGCUGUCCUCAUCUGGGAGCUAGUACUAAAGAGGCUCAGAUACGUUGUGGACAAGAUAUUGCAACACAGAUUGUUCAAAUGGUGCAUGGAGAAGCCUUGAUUGGAGCUGUGAAUGCACAGAUCCUCGUGAAUGCCUUGACGCCAGAAUCAAAGCCCUGGAUUAAGCUGGGAGAAGCUCUAGGAUGUUUGUCCAGGGCUUGCACUGGUCUGACAAGAAGUCAGGUGCAAGUUACAACAACAGGACAUAAUCUGAAGAAUGCUGCUGGUUACCUCAGUGCUGCAGUGCUGGUUGGAUUGUUGAGGGAGAAGCUGGUAAACGGAGUGAAUAUCAUCAAUGCAUUAACACUGGCUGAAGAAGCUGGAAUAGCAGUUUCCAAGAGCCAUGUCGACGCCUGUCCGUUUCCGUCUUCUGAAGCCUGCAUAGUGGACGUAUCUGCAAACGGAGUCUCGUGCAAAAUUGUGGGCUCAAUCCAAGGAAACAUUCCGGUCCUGCUGGGGAUAAACGGAAGUGUUUUUAAAAAGCCAUUCUCACUUAACGGCAACCUGCUUUUAUUUAGAGCCUCGGCCAAGUCCCAGGUUUUGCCUACUAUUGCAGGUAUUUUGUCAGAAUCUGGCCUUGACAUUGAGUCAUAUAGUGCCUCUUCAGUUACAGAAGGAGAACAGUGGUGCAUGAUGGGACUGUCUUCUUUGUUAGACAAUCUGGCUGCUGUGAAAGUGCAUGUGAAGGAAGCUGCCCAGUUUUCCAUUUAAAAAUGUCUUUGUCACAUUCUGUAGCUGCUGGAAAUGUGUCUUUUGUGCUUUAGAACUCUCCUUUUCAGAAUUGCAGCUUCUAGAAAAAAAAAAUGAUAAAAAAUAGCUCGGAGUAUUAAGUGAGUUAUAUUCAAAUGUGAAUAACGGUUAAAUAAUUCUUAAGUAUUAAUAUAAAAGUGGUUUAUAAAUGUGAAAUGGUUAGAAUAAUUUUAUUGAGAUCACUGUUAAAUGUACCCUUUUUAUGUUAAAUGUUAAAAACUGUUCAUUUAUGUGAAAGAAAUGGUUAACUGUUAGUAUAAUUACCAACUAUUAUGUUUUUGUCUCCAAAUUGUUUGCAUUUCAUAUGGUAAUGUACAUUUUAUUGUGCUGCAGACUUCACUGAAGAUACUUGUUGAGUCACUUUUCUGUUGAAAGGGUACAAUAAAGUAUACCUUUACUGGAAGAAGCUCAUUUUAAAGUUAUUUAAUAAAAAAGAAUAACAACAUGAAUGGAAUGGGAGAUAAAGCAGGCAAU